AUGUCAAGACUAGAGAGAUUAGUCGUGCUCUUAGAUACAGGCUCUACUCAGUUCAUAAGGAAUACUGCUGCUGAUCAACUAAGUGAUUUAGCUAAGGCUCAUCCAGAAGAAGUGUUGAACCUUUUGAGUCGUGUUUAUCCUUUUCUUAAUUCAAAAAAAUGGGAAACAAGAACAACUGCCGCUAGAGCUUUAGGUGGUAUUGUUGGUCAUUCACCACUUUGGGAUCCAAAUGAAGAUGAAGAAGGUGAUAUAAAACUAGAGGAAUUAGAUGAUGCUAAAAUCAAACUGGAAGAAAGUGAAUUAAAACUGAUCAAUAGUAAUCAAUCAUUUAUAAGUUUUGAUAAUUGGAAUGUUCAAGAACUGUUGAAAUCCGAUAAGAAAUUUUUAUCUUCAUCAACUGUGGAUGAUUUUUCAAAGAAUACCAACUCAAUUGAUUCAUUAAAAAAGCAAAAAGUAUCUACAAGUAAUAAAUUGGGUAUCAAAACUGAAUUUGAUGAAGAUUUGGAGAAUGAAUCUACACCAGAAGUUAAACAAGAAGUUAAACAAGAAAUCAAACAAGAAAUACCCAAGGAGAGUACACCAAAUCCUCCUCCGCUACAAUCAAAUAUAUCAAGUGCAAGGUUGAAGGCAAUGGCAAAGAGAAAAGCUAAGAUGGAAUCUAAAGGUGGUGGCUCUGCUAAGGCUAAACCUGUUGAUUUAUCACAAAGCUCCGUUUCUAAAGAAUUAGUUAAAGAAGAUUCGAUUGACCAAAAAAUUCAAAAUUCUAAUGGUAAUGCAAGUAGUAAAAUAGAUGUCACUUCACAGGCCGGUGGUAACAAAUUGGUUGUUGAGAAUAAAGCUCCAGAAAUUCCACCUGUAUUAGCUGAGCAUGCAAAAGUUGCUGGUCUUGUAUGGCCUUUUCAAGGUGUUUAUGAAUUAUUAGUCGUUGAUUUAUUUUCUGAAACAUGGGAGAUUAGACAUGGUGCUGUUCUUGGUUUAAGAGAACUGAUCAAGAAGCAUGGUAGAGGUGCAGGGCGUGUCAAAGGUAGAUCUUUAAAAGAAAAUGAUGCUAAAAACCGUCAAACUUUAGAAGAUUUGUCAUGCCGUUUGUUAACAAUUUUUGCAUUAGAUAGAUUUGGUGAUUUCGUUUAUGAUACUGUGGUUGCACCUGUUAGAGAAUCUGCUGCUCAAACUUUAGCUGCUCUAUUAAUUCAUCUAGAUGAAGAUUUAGUAUUGAAAAUUUUCAAGAAUCUUGAUCAUCUUGUGUUACAAGAUGCUGCAGUAACAAAUAAACUACCUUGUUGGGAAGCAAGCCAUGGUGGUAUGCUUGGUUUGAGAUAUUUUGUUAGUGUUAGAACAGAUAUUUUGUCUGCUAGACCUGAAUUAUUGGAUGACGUGGUUAAGAUGGUUUUACACGGAUUGAAAGAAUCAGAUGAUGAUGUUCAAGCUGUAGCAGCUGCAACUUUAACACCAAUUACUGAUGAAUUUGUGAAGUUACGCCAGGAAACAGUUAAAACUAUUAUAUCAACCAUUUGGGAUUCAUUGACAAGAUUAUCUGAUGAUCUAUCUGCUUCGAUUGGUGCUGUUAUGGAUCUUUUAUCAAAGUUAUGUAUCCAUCCUGAAGUUAUGGCUCUGAUUGGUGCUGAAGCCUUGGAAAAUGAAGAACAUUCGUUAAAAAAUUUGAUUCCAAGACUUUAUCCAUUUUUAAGACAUUCCAUCACAAAUGUUAGAAAAUCGGUUUUGAAAACAUUAUUGGCAUUUUUAUCUAUUGAUGAUACUGAAUCUAAAAAUUGGAUAGAUUGUAAAGCUUUUAGGUUGAUUUAUCAAAAUCUUUUACUUGAACAAAAUGAACAAGUUUUGAAGUUAUCUCAAGAAGUUUUCUUAAAAUUGUUACAAGAAAGUGCAAACGUUAAAGAUUUUGUCAUUGAUGAGACCUUGGCGAACCAUUUACAACCUAUUAUCAAUCUAACAAUGACACCAAUUGGUGUAUCAAGAUACAAUUAUUCAAUGAAUACAACAUAUUUAAUGAAACCAUCAGGUGCUGCUUUUGAGCAACAACUUUCGCAUACAAAUGCAAUUCAUGAUUUUGGUGAUGACAGUAGUGAUGGCACUGCAUCUAAUGGGAGACGUGGUAAAAAGAGAAAGACCCCACCAACGAAACCUGAACCAUCUAUUCCAGUUCCAGAAAAUGAUAGAAUCAACAUUGAUGGUCCGUUAAUUAUCGGUGAUAUUACAUUAUUAGGCAUUGAAGUUUUUAUAAGGACAAGAUUAGCUGCUGCUACUGCGUUAGGUCAAACUUUGUCUUAUUUAAGCGAAGAUUCAUUAAAAGUUACACUUCAGUUGUUGAAAAAAUACCUGAAUGUUCCACAUUCUACUCCAAGACUAUUAACAUCUAUUGCAAUCAAGGAAUAUUGUACUUCAUUGAUUAAUAGAAACUUGAAGCCAUCAGCUGUUGCUAUUGAUAUAUUCUAUGAUGACAUCGUUGAAGUCUUGAAUGAUCCAUCUAAAUUACCAAGUUAUAGAGAAUUAGUUCCUACUUUGAAAGCUGUUCGAACUCAAUGUCACUCGUUAUUUAGAGUUUUCGUUGAACAAGGUAAACUUUCAUCAAGUAAAGUCCCAGAAUUACCUGUUGUUGUUCAUGGUGAAAAUGAGGCUGGUCCAGGUGCUUUCAGUUUAGAAUUAGCAGACUCUGUGGUGAAUGAACAGUAUGAAAAACUCUUGAAGGCUGUCACACCUGUUUAUAGAAUGUCAGCUCAAAAAGCACUAGAAGAUGCUAAAUCUCGUGUUUUAAUGGCCACACAAGAAGCUAAAGACGCUAAACAUAAAAGAACAAUUAGUAUUUUGUCUAACUAUGCAUCAGCUGCUAUUUUAUUAGGUGAUUUACCAAAGAAAUUGAAUCAUUUCAUUCGUUCAUUAAUGGAUAGUGUUAAAGGAGAAGAUCUAGAAGAACUACAAAAGAGAUCAUCUUCAUCUGUUGCUGACUUAAUUGAAAAAUUGAUUUCUAAUGGAAAAAGCAAUGUUUCCAAUAAGAUUGUCAAGAAUCUUUGUGGGUUCUUAUGUGUUGAUACUUCAGAAGUUCCAGAGUUUGGUUCCAAUAGAGAUGUUAAAGACAUUAUUUUAUCGUUGAAGAAGGAAGAAAUUGUUGAUAGCUCUAAUAAUUCUGCACUUGAAUCCCGUAUAAAGAGAAGAGGUGCUAAAUUUGCAUUAGAGAAUGUGUUGAUAGUAUUCAAAAGUGAAAUAUUUGAAAAGGUUACACAAUUGAAGAGUGUUAUUUUCGAACCACUAAAAGCAUUAGAGUCAAGUUCUGAAGUUGAGUUUGAUGACACCACAGGUCAAGCUGCUGUUGAUGCACUUGGUGUAUUGAAAGUGUUGAUUCCAACUUUUGAUAAAUCUUUACAUGAUGAAAUUUUAGCACUUUUACCAUCUAUCUUGAAUGCAUUGAGAUCAAGCUUAUCGGUAUUGAGAUAUUCCGCCGCUAAAGCUCUAGCUAUACUUGCCAAGGUCAUUCCAUCAAAGACCAUUCCAUUCAUUGUUAAAUCUGUAUUACCUUUAUUGAACAAUGCUGGUAGUGUUAAGGAACGUCAAGGUGGUAUUGAAGCUGUUUAUCAUCUUUCAAGCUCUAUGGAUUCUGAUAUUUUACCUUAUGUUAUAUUUUUGAUUGUUCCUGUGUUAGGUCGUAUGAGUGAUGCUGAUAAGGAUGUCCGUGUCCUGGCCACAACAACAUUCGCAUCUAUCAUUAAAUUGGUCCCAUUAGAAGCCGGUAUACCUGAUCCAGAAGAUGUUCCUAAAGAAUUAUUAGAAGGUCGUGAAAAAGAACGUGAGUUUAUUCAACAAAUGAUGGAUCCUUCCAAAUCUAAACCAUUUGACUUACCUGUCGCUAUUGAUGCCACAUUAAGAAAAUACCAACAAGAAGGUGUCAAUUGGUUGGCAUUUUUGAACAAGUAUCAUUUACAUGGUAUUUUGUGUGACGAUAUGGGGUUAGGUAAAACUUUACAAACUAUUUGUAUUGUUGCUAGUGAUCACCAUCUAAGAGCUGAAGAUUAUAAAGUCACAAAGUCUAUUGAAACAGCCCCAUUACCAACUCUAAUCAUCUGUCCACCUUCUUUGACUGGUCAUUGGGAACAAGAAUUCAACCAAUAUUCUCCAUUCUUGAAGGUUGUUGUUUAUGCUGGUGGUCCUUCAUUUAGAUCCGGUAUUCGCCCACAAUUGAACUCAUGUGAUAUCAUUGUCACUUCGUACGAUGUUGUUAGAAAUGAUGUUGAAUUCUUAUCUGCUAAGGACUAUAACUACUGUGUGUUGGAUGAAGGUCAUAUUAUCAAAAAUGCUGCUUCCAAAUUGACUAAAUCAGUUAAAAGAGUUAGAUCAAAUCAUAGAUUGAUUUUAUCUGGUACCCCAAUUCAGAAUAAUGUUUUAGAACUUUGGUCUUUAUUCGAUUUCUUGAUGCCAGGUUUCCUUGGAAGUGAAAAAUUAUUUCAAGAAAGAUUUGCCAGACCAAUUGCUGCUUCAAGAAAUUCUAAGACAUCUUCAAAAGAACAAGAAGCUGGGGCAUUAGCACUAGAAGCUUUACAUAAACAAGUUUUACCAUUUAUGUUGCGUCGUUUGAAAGAAGAAGUUUUAUCAGAUUUACCACCAAAGAUCAUUCAAGAUUACUAUUGUCAGUUGAGUGAUUUACAAAAACAAUUAUAUAAAGAUUUUGCUAAGAAGCAAAAAACAAUCGUGGAAAACGACAUUCAAACUGUUGAAGUUGCAGAGAAGAAGACUCAUAUUUUCCAAGCUUUGCAGUAUAUGAGAAAAUUAUGUAACCAUCCUUCUUUAGUUUUAUCAGAAAGUCAUCCACAGUAUUAUGAAGUUCAAAAAUACUUGAGAGAUACACGUAUGUCAAUUCAUGAUAUUCAUCAUGCUCCAAAAUUAAUGGCUUUACGUACAUUGUUAUUAGAAUGUGGUAUUGGUACUGCAGAUGUUGAAAAAUCAAACUCAGCUCAGAAUACUGGAAAUGUUAUCAGUCAACAUCGUGCAUUAGUCUUUUGUCAAUUGAAAGAUAUGUUGGAUAUGGUUGAGAAUGAUUUAUUAAAAAAAUAUUUACCUUCGGUUUCUUUUAUGAGAUUGGAUGGUAGUACUGACCCAAGGGACCGUCAAGGUAUUGUUCGUAAAUUCAAUGAAGAUCCUUCUAUUGAUGUUUUACUACUGACUACAAAGGUUGGUGGUUUGGGUUUAAACUUGACUGGUGCUGAUACUGUUAUUUUUGUUGAGCACGAUUGGAAUCCAAUGAAUGAUUUACAAGCUAUGGAUAGAGCUCAUAGAUUGGGUCAAAAGAAAGUGGUCAAUGUUUACAGAUUGAUUACUAAGGAUACAUUAGAAGAGAAGAUUAUGGGUUUGCAAAAAUUCAAAAUGAAUAUUGCAUCAACUAUUGUCAGUCAACAGAAUGCUGGGUUGUCAUCAAUGGAUACAAAUCAAUUAUUAGACUUGUUCGAUGUGGAACAACAUGGCCAACAAGAGGAACAUGUUUCAGAACUUGAAGAUAUAGAAAAGAAGAAGAAUGGUGGUACCAAUGGUCAAGAUAUAGUGACAGAAUCAGGAUUGACUGGUAAAGCUGGUGCAGCCAUAGGAGAGUUAGGAGAAUUGUGGGAUCAAUCACAAUAUGAAGAAGAAUAUAACCUUGAUACUUUUAUCAAGAGUUUGAAAUGA